CACAGACUCAGCUGACGCGGCGCUGAGAGCUCACGGGGACGAAAAGAGGUCGCUGCAGGCAUGGAGCUGAGGUGAGAGCGAGUCAAUGUACGGUCAGUUCCACACCUGCACCUGCAGUGCACCAGCAUCAUGAAAAGCCCUGUUCUACCACAGUCGGUGCUAUAGCUGCCAUCAUCCCGUCGCCAUGGUGAGAGAGAGAGCUCCUGGACCGUGACUCUGUUGCCAUGGUGACCUUGGGAACGCUGUAGAGACGCUCUGUGAAGUCAGUUGCUAUGAGGAUCUUGUAGCAAACAACAGUCGCCAUGGGAACGUCCAGGAUGUUCCGCAUCUUUGUGGUCCUGGGCUCAGCCUUUAUGAUCCUCCUCAUCAUCAUCUACUGGGAUGAUGUCGGAGUCUCACACCUGUAUUUGCACACUCCUGUGUCACCAGGCCCCAAACUCCCACAUGCCCCUCCCCCUCAGCGGCCUCAAACCUCCCGGACUCCGUCCUUCCUGUCUGACAUUGAUGCCUUUGUGAACCAGUUCCUAGAGCCAGGAACUGGAGAACCAACAGACCCAGUCCCCCCAGACACAAGUAAUCAAUCAGAGAAGGCAGAGGAGCGGUAUAUACCAAGGCGAGAGUGGAAGAUUCAUCUGACUCCGCUUGCACCGGAGCUUCGUGAGAGACAGGAACAGCGACGGAAGUUACUUCAGGAGAUGUGCACCAAUGAUAGCGUGGUGUUUCCUGGUAAAAACCGUUCAUUUGAUGACAUUCCCAACAAGGAGCUGGAUCAUCUUAUUGUGGAUGAUAGGCAUGGUAUUAUCUACUGCUAUGUUCCUAAGGUAGCGUGCACUAACUGGAAGCGCAUCAUGAUUGUCCUCAGUGAAAGCAUGCUGCAGGAUGGCGUUCCCCAGAGAGACCCACUGGCCAUUCCCACAGAACUGAUCCACAACAGCAGCAUGCACUUCACCUUCAACAAAUUCUGGAAACGUUACGGCAAGUUUGCAAAGCACCUUAUGAAGGUGAAGCUGAAGAAGUACACCAAGUUUCUUUUUGUGCGGGAUCCAUUUGUGCGCCUCAUAUCCGCCUACAGGAACAAAUUUGAGUCACGCAAUGAAGAGUUCUAUCGGCGUUUUGCACAGGUCAUGCUGCGCCGCUAUGCCAACCAGCCAACACCUCCUGCCUCCGUGGACGAGGCGAUCAGUGUGGGUGUCCACCCUGCCUUCUCCCACUUCAUCCAGUACCUCCUGGACCCUCAGACAGAGAAAGAUAUGCCCUUUAAUGAGCACUGGCGGCAGGUGUACCGUCUCUGCCACCCAUGCCAGAUUCAGUACGACUUUAUCGGCCAUCUAGAGACAGUUGAGGAGGAUGCAGAGCAUCUGCUGCGACAGCUCCGCGUGGACAAUGUAGUGGAGUUCCCCACCUCCCAGAGGAAUCACACAGUCAGCAGCUGGGUGGCUGAUUGGUUCAGCACAGUGCCUGUUGAAGCAAGGAAAGAACUCUACAAGCUGUAUGAACCUGACUUCAGGCUUUUUGGCUACGACAGACCGGACUGGAUCCUCAAUGAGUGACUCAUGUUUCUACAAAGCUGAUCACACAACACAGACAACAUGUUUUUGUUAUGAAACGACUAACACCACACUCUGACAACAGCAACACCUCCAUAUCUCACCCUGUCAUGUCUGUUUCUGACUAAAUGUGCACAUUAAAUGGGACACUCUCUCCUCUGAGGAAGCACACUUACAAGGUAAAACCAGGUAACUGCUAUUAGCCAUUUUUGAUUUAUUCAUACACAAGAAAACAAAAAGCACAUAAAUAGAGAAGACAGAGUAGGAGGGGAUUUUGCAGACAGGAUGAACCCCUAAGGCCGGAAACAUACUUGCUGUUUAAUCUUGUGUGUCUGGCUGCAUGAUGAGCAUAUUUCUAAAUAUACUUUGCCUAUACAUGACACGUGUUACUGCAGGAAACCUCUAAAGGGCACACAGCAAAUGUCUGCCUGAUGUAAAUCAAAGAUAUGUGAAGUUACUAUUCAGCCGGCAGUGUUUGUAGAUGUAAUAGUUACAGCAGCUGAUGAAAACAGAAAGUGCCCUGCAAAUGCCUCUUUCUGUAAUAUGUCAUUAAAAUGUCAAAAUAUAUUCAUCAGUUGUGUUAAAUAAAACUUAAGCAUAGAUGUUGAUGCUCUCAACUAAAAGCUACAAACACUUAUCUUGUUUCCAUUAUGCAACAUUAACUUCAAUUUCAUAAUCAAUCUGUGGCAUGUUUGCACCUGUGCACUAUCAUUUUAAUUGUGAAUAAUUGAGGACUUGGUCUCUUAAUCUGUCUUAAAAACUUCAUGCCUCUACACUGCCCCUUCUGGUCAUGUGUAUACUGCAUUUUGCAUUUACAAAGCAUUAAGGGUCGCAUAUUUUAUCCUUUUAAGACAAGUUUAUAUUGUUCUCAGAGGUCCCCAAAACAUUCCUGUGACAUUUGUUGCUGAAAAAACACUCCAGUAUUGAAUUUUUGCAUGUCUAAAAACUCUCUGUGUUGGCCCUGCUCAGAUCAAGCUGUUUCUGUGUCUGUGGCUUUAAACUUAAACAAGCUGUCUGACUCCGCCCCUGACCCCACCCCUCUCAGGAAAUGGAUGUGGCCUCCCUGGUCCUCAGCUGAGAGGAGGGCCGAACUUUCUUCUUCAAGCGGGGAGGGCCAACCGAGCCUGGGGGUGGGGCUAACUCCCCACAUGACAUUAUUAGGGAAAAAUCUCAAUCUCAAAAAUCUUGUUUCAGCACACGUGACCUUUAAGCUUUUUAAGGAUGAGCACAGCUGAUGAACCAGAAAAAUGCAUAGUACCAUCAUGCAGUAUCUGCACGCAUGGAUUACAGCAAGUAUGUUUUCAGCUUGAGAUGAUGCACAUUCAGUUUUGUUCUUCACUUACAGCUGAGUUAAAUCACCCACCUGACUGUAAUAAGCCCUGAUCAGACAUAGUGCAAAUUCUUACACAUUUAAUAUCAUGUUGCCUUUUUUAUUUUAAGCCAGUGAUGUUAACAAUGCAGCCAAAUUAAGUUAACUGUCCUCAGAUAAAUACCUUAAUCUAAAGAAGCAUUCUAAUAUACACUUUAUGGACAAAAGUUUUCAGCUGCCUGACAGUUACACCAACAGAGACUGUAAUGGUAUUCAAAUUCAAUUUAAUAUGGAGUUGGACCACCUUUUGCAGCUGUAACAGCUUUCACUCUUCUUGGAGUGUCUCUCUGGGAAUUUGUGCCCAUUCAUUCUGUAGAGUGUUUAUGAGAUCAGGCACUAAAGUGUAGGACGAGAAGGCCUGGCUCGCAGUCUCUGUUCCAGUUCAUCCCUAAGGUGCUCAGUGGGGUUGAGGUAAGGGCACUGUGCAGGCUCAUCAACCCCUGUCUUUAUAGUCCUUGCUUUGUGCACUGGUGCACAGUUGCGUUGGGAUCAAAAGGGGCCUUCCCCAAACUGUUGCCACAAAGUUGGAAGCAAAGCAUUGUCCAAAAUGUCUUUGUAUACUGAAGCAUUAGGAUUGGCCUUCAAUGCAAGGGGCCCAGCCCAAACCCUAAGAAACAGCACCAUGCUUUAGACCACUCCAUCUGAUGCUUUGCAUUAGACUUGGUGAUGUGAGGCUGAGUUGCUGUUGUUCCUAGAUGCUUCCACUUUCUAAUAAUAUAAUUUACAGUUGACUGUGGAAUAUCCAGCAGCGAUGAAUUUCACAAAGCAUCCUAUUGCAAAUGGGACAUCCAUCAGUCACUGAGCUCUUCAAAACAACCCAUUUAGCAGCACAAAUGUUUGCAAAUGGAGACUGCAUGGCUAGGUGCUUGAUUUUAUACACCUGUGGCAACAGAUCUGAUUGAAACACCUGAACUGUAUAAUUAACAGGUUUGUCCAAAUAUUUUUGUCCCUAUAGUGUACCAUAAUGCCUGCUAUUUCAAUCCUUCUAAGUACAUUCGGAGAAAAUCACACAGCUCCAGCUCUCCAACAAACCACUCUAACACUUUGUUUCUAUGCAACAAUUAAAUUUCAAAUCACAUAACUAAACUCAUCUGAUUUGAGGAUAGGAAAAAGCAAAAAAAGCAGAAUGAUAAAAGGCAGUUUUUCAGCUUGAAGUGUUUAUAGCACUACUGUGACAACACAAAAAGCUUCAGGAGUCUGACAGAUAAAAAGCACCUUCCACGAUCACAAACAGUUUGAAAAUGAAGGCUCUUGAGUUGAAGCCAUGAACCAUCUGAUCUGGGCCUUGCACUUCAAUGUCAUGCCUCUCCUGUCAUGUAUACCUCAGUUGUUUUGUGGCAGUAACAUAUACUAUAUAACAGGAUCAGUGAAGGCAAUGUCAGAUAUCCAUACCCUUGUGUGUUUGUAAUCAUACUCUUAUGGUUUGGCCUUGUAUUCAAUUAUAGAUAUCAGCAUCUAUUUUUGUUACUUUUAAAAUCGAUGUAUAAUGAACAAUCCAUGUUAUAUUGAUUAAUAGUAAUUAGCUGUAAAAAUACAGAUCUUCCCUUUUAUUUUAACUCAAAGCUAAUGCAUUGAGCAUUUCUAAAAACAAGUAGGGGAGGAUGGGGUUGGUUGUUACACUCUUUAGUGGAAAUUGCAUUUAAUUGAAGCUUAAGGCAUUGACUUGAAAUGUAUAUCACUCUCCUUUUCCAAUUUAUCUUAACAAAGAGGUAAUUAACUAUCUAAGACACUCUUGACACAUCAUGACAACCAACCCAUCACAGGGGUGGUUGUCCCACACAAUAGGGUUGCUUGUCACAAUGUUAUUUUAAUGGGAAAAAACUUAAAAAGAAGGCAAGAAACAAAACUACAUAACACAUACAUACAUACAUACAUACAUACAUACAUACAUACAUACAUAACUUAAUGCAUCUUAAUACAAAAUGAGCAAGGAACAUGAACAGGAACAUCUUUAGACCAGCAACCAACCACAACUGGAAUUUCUUGCCAGCAUCAAGGCUAACAACCUAAACUAUACCCUUCCUGUCUCAUAUUUAAGUGUAGUUGUUGUUUAGUUUUAACUCCAUUGUGUAAAAGCCUAGAAGAAAAAUACUAAGCAGCUGGAUAUUUAUAACUUGACAUGAUAUGCUCCAGAGAAGAUUGUGUAGGUGAGCCCUGAUCCCAAUUCUGUAAAUUUGCAUACCAAAUUUUGGGAGACUGCACCCUCUGGUAGUGAGAUAAAAUGAGUGUGACAACCAACCCAAUUCUCCCUUAAUUUGUUGGCGUAGAAUGGAAAUAGGUUUAUAUAUUAUUUAAUUUCUGCUACAGUCACAUUAUAGAUUAGAAAUCUGGUAUUGUGACAACUCUGCCAGUAUCGUUUUAGCCCUGUGAUAAACCCUAAAAUCUUAAUAUAGCAGCUAAUGAACUGAUCUGUUACAGGACUAGUAGUGCAUUGUGCUAGUGCAGAGUGUAUUGAUAGUCAACUGGGAUAUUCCACAAUCAUCAGCCGUAUUAUGUACUGCACUAGAAUUGGAGUGGUAUUGUUUUUGCCAACUCAAGUCUAAUAUGUAAUGAUUAGAAGAAAAUUGCAUUGUAAUUUAAAUAUUGGAAGUUCUGAUAUCAGGAGCAUGAAGUUCAGUUAAAAAAAGGUAUUGCUGGAUCAGUUUGAGUUGCACUAGUUUUCAUGUUGUUUAUUUCAAAUUGUAUCAAGUGCAAUGUUUAUGUGCUGCAUGAAAGGGAUUGUUAUGUUGCAGGUUCAUACUGAGGACAGCUAUUAUUUUUGGAAAAAGGUUGAAUGAUUCUAUACCUCAUUGAAAAUAUCCUCAUAUGUUGUGUAUGACACUGCACUGCCUGGAAUAUUAGUUUUAAGUGUGUAGAACUCCAUUGGAUCACAUGGAAAGGAACGUUUCAGAUUGCUUGCUUUACAUUUAGGGGCAUGUUAUACAUGCAAAGUUGCGGCCUCAUCAUAGAGCUGCACAGCGGCGUUGGGCGUGCAUAGCUGAACUUGUCUUAUCUUGUUUUGGAGGCUUUAACAUUCUUGUGUUGUAAUCUCAGCUUGAUGUGCACAGGUGUGCCUCUCUCUGUGUUUAAAUGGCCAGGUUUCCAAAGGGAUCUUAUUCUUUAUUGCCUGUUGUUAUCAUAAUGAUAUUUGAUGAUUUUAUUACGUAAACUGCUUUUACUAACACAGACUAUAAUGGGUAAUUCUUGAGAUAGUGUUGUUGCUCUAGUUUUCUAUGAGUAAGGAACAUUUUACAAUUUUUUAAGGCAGCAUUUUUCAUGGCAUGCAGUAUUCUGUAGCAUGGAGCCAAGCACAUUACAUGAGGUCAACAUGGAUCGUUUUCAGUGUGUGCUACGCAGCGCCACACAUUCAGCUUGUACUAUUUAAAUGCAUUCAAAAUGACGUUAUGGUCAGUCUCCAAGUAAAGACCUGGUUAUGGGACUAUCAGUUUAUUUAAACCAUGAUCUGAGAGUGGGAACGUAAGAUAGUGCCUUUGGUUGCAAAAGUUUACACAGCAAAAAAAGUAUUUUUGUAGAAGGACUAAAUUUUUACUUUGAACACAAGCAGAGAGAGAUUUAAAGCCACAUUAAGGUAUGUUUCAAAUACUGGGCUUUGUUCAUUGUGCUUGGGUGUUAAUAGGAAAGAUAAGGAAAAGAAAUCACAGCCCUUCAGCAGAACUAUCAAAAUGUUUAUAUAACUCUGUGUGGACUUUCUCUGGUGUCUACUCAUAGAUUUGUUUGUAUAUCAUUGAACAUAAAGAAUA